AAAGGGUGUGAAUUUGAAUGGGAGGGUAAGUGGGAAGAAACUGGGAGGAGUGGGGAAGGGGAAACCAUAAUCAGAAUAUAUUGUAUGAAAAAAAAUCUAUUUUCAAUAAAAAGAAAAUUCUAGAGGAUCUAAACAAGGGACCCUAAACUGACUAGUCACAAAGUAAGCUCUCUGCUGUCAUUACUUUCCACUGUGGGUUUUCUGGGGACAGGGGGCUUCAAUCUCAAAUUUUAAGGAAUGAAGACAGGGGCACUCAUGGGCUCUAGCUAAUUCGGUUGAUUUUAUCUCACUCGGCACACAUACCCUAAGAACUUCCCCAGGGCAAGGCUGACCGACAUUUUUAUUAGCAAUAAUCUCUGCCUUCUUUUGAUUAUCUGGAGAUUUAAGACCACAUAAUCACCCUCCACGUCAGAGGGGGUGGGGAGAGACUGAACUGGCUAAGAGGCCCAAAUCCCUCCUAACGCUUGCUUCUUCCCUAUCAGCAAGAUUAGAGCUCUCAAGUCUCUCUGCCACUAGUAUUCAGAUCUGGCAGGCUAGCCUGGACUUUUUCAGGACAGAAGGAAGAGCAGCUUUGAGGGUAAUGCCUAGGGCCCCAGUUUGCUGGCCUCUCUAAAACAGUGCAGGGCAGUGUACUCUCCAGGGGCCAUAGACAGGCAGGAGAGAUAGGCCAGGAAACUGACUCCCACCACCAUGCUGAAACAGAGCAACGAGAGGAGAUGGUCCUUGAGCUACAAGCCCUGGAGUACCCCAGAGACUGAGGAUGUGCCCAACACUGGGAGCAACCAACACCGCAGGAGCAUCUGCUCCUUGGGAGCCCGCACUGGCUCUCAGGCCAGCAUCGCACCACAAUGGACCGAGGGCAACUACAAUUACUACAUUGAGGAAGAUGAGGACUGCGGGGAGGAGGGGGAGGACUGGAAGGAUGAUCUUGCCGAAGAGAAUCAGAAGGCGGAGUGCCUCACAAGCCUCCUGGAUGGCCACAACGAUACUCCAGCCCAAAUGUCCACGCUGAAAGUGAACGUAGGCGGCCACAGCUAUCUGCUGGAAUGCUGUGAGCUGGCCAACUACCCCAAAACGCGCCUGGGUCGCCUGGCCACCUCCACCACUCGCAGAGGCCAGCUGGGCCUGUGUGAUGACUACGAGGCACAGACAGACGAGUACUUCUUUGACCGUGACCCAGCGGUCUUCCAGCUCAUCUACAACUUCUACACAUCCGGGGUGUUGCUGGUGCGAGACGAGCUGUGUCCACGCAGCUUUCUCGAGGAGCUGGGCUACUGGGGAGUGAGGCUCAAAUACACGCCACGCUGCUGUCGCAUCUGCUUCGAGGAGCGGAGGGAUGAACUGAGCGAGCAACUGAAGAUCCAAAGGGAGCUGCGCGCGCAGGCGCAGGCCGAGGAGGCCGAGGAGCUCUUUCGGGACAUGCGCUUCUAUGGACCACAACGUCAACGCCUCUGGAACCUCAUGGAGAAGCCCUUUUCCUCUGUGGCCGCCAAGGCCAUGGGGGUGGCCACCAACCUCUUCGUGCUCAUCUCCGUGGUGGCCCUGGCGCUCAACACGGUGGAGGAGAUGCAGCACCAGGCGGAGCAGGGCACAGGUGGUGGGGACCCCAGGCCCAUCUUGGAGCACGUGGAGAUGCUGUGCGUGGCUUUCUUCACUCUGGAGUUCCUGCUGCGCCUCGCCUCCACCCCUAACCUGCAGCGCUUUGCACGCAGCGCCCUCAACCUAGUGGACCUGGUGGCCAUUCUGCCUUUCUACCUGCAGCUGCUGCUCGAGUGCUUCACGAGCGAGGACCAGAGGCACAACAAGGACUCCCCACGAGAACACGACCUGGAGACCGUGGGCCGAGUGGGCAAGCUGUCUACUCGGUGGAGCACGACGUGCCUGGUACCAACUUCACCAGCAUCCUCCAUGCCUGGUGGUGGGCCGCGGUAAGCAUCUCCACCGUGGGCUAUGGAGACAUGUACCCGGAGACCCACCUGGGCAGGCUUUUUGCCUUCCUCUGCAUCGCUUUUGGCAUUAUUCUCAAUGGGAUGCCCAUUUCCAUCCUCUACAACAAGUUCUCCGAUUACUACAGCAAGCUCAAAGCUUACGAGUACACCGCCAUCCGGAGGGAACGAGGAAAGGUCAACUUUAUGCAGAGAGCCACAAAGAAAAUGGCUGAAUGUUUAUCUGAAAGUCAUGCACAGUCCACCACAAGGCAAGAGAAUUAAGGCUUCAUUAGGACACAAGGAUGGUUGAACCCAUGAAUUUCAAAGCUUCAUUGCUUCUUUUAAAAUUAUGGUCCCCUCCUGGCAACAGAGGGGCAUGUGAUGCCAACACACACAAAGAGCAUUCUGUUCAAAGUUCUAACUCUGGGAAUGAUCAUUUCAGCCCAAACUCAAAAUGCCUCACAUCGCACUUUAGCUAGAUGUAUGAUGUCAGUACUGGAAAUGGCUCUGAGGAAGCAACAUCUUAGAUUUCUCUUAUAGAUUCUCAUGGCAUCUAGCUUGAUGCAUAUAUUUAGAUUUGAAUUGCAGGAAGACGUUUCCCCCUAGUUCAAACCAGGAGGAGGGGCCCUUAAUUUUCCAGAGAAUGGAGCGUCACACCAGGAGCUGCAUAAGUUUUGGAGUCAGAUCAACCACUCAGCCAGUAUCCCAGAUCUACCAGCUAGAUGGUGUGUAAGAACUUACUUUAACCCUUUGAGCCUUGGUCUCUUCGAUUGGGAAAUGUACAAAGUCUUAAGGAUGAGUGUUGGGGUUGAAGAUAACCCCAGUAGCUUCUAGCAUUGCAAAUUACUAGAUGUCAGUAAUGCUACUAGAUGUUGAUGAACCUCUGUCUAGAAUUACUAUGGGAACCCAAACUUGGUCCAUGAAAUUUUUCUGUAUGUGUGAAUAUCUCCCUCCCUUGAAAGAAGCACCCACUGUCCUCUCACUUAACUCAGACUUCCAUUCUUUAUUUCCCAGAAGAGAGGUGGAAGAGUAAAACCUCCUUCACAACACUUGCUGAAUGGCAAGCCCUGGAAGACCUCUUUAGACUGAGGGUUGGGAACCAGUGCCCCUUGGGCCAUUUCUCUCCUUGAAACCUUUCUUUUAAUUCCUUUCUGGGUCCACAGGGCUCCUGUAAAUUGAAGUUGAAAUUGAAGGCUCAUUUGCACAGAGCACUCAGAGAUUUGCUCCCAUAACUGGAGCUUGUGAUGUUAUAGAAUUCUUUUGGGGUAUAACUGCCCCAUCUGGAUCAUAUAUAAGAGUAAUUGUGCUACUGACAGUGGCAAAUGUUAGGAACUAUGCAUCUAGUCUGUAACUUCGUUUAACCCUCAGUGCACCCCUAAGUUAGAUGCUGUGGUUGUUCUAGUUAAGGAGAAAUGGAGGCUUAGAGAGGUUAAGCGAUCCAGCUACACUCGCCUAGCCACUAAAAUAGUGAGACUGGGCUUUAAGCCAAGGUUCAUCUGAGGCACAAGACUGUUGGGAGUCUAAAUGUAUGACUUUCCUACAUUAUGACAAAGCACCUGAAGGGUGGACAAAGUGGACUCUUCUAAGAUUACUCAAUCUAGGAGGUCACAGCCUUGGUGCUGGUUAGUUCUCGUCAAUAUGAUACAACCUAGAGUCACUUGGGAAGUGGGAACCUCCAUUGAGAGAUUGCUCUGAUCAGAAUGUCCUGUGACCAUGGCUGUGUCUGUGAGAAAUUAUCUUGACUGAUGAUUGCAAAGAAUCCUGGCUUGAUGAUAAGCACUAGCACUUAUAGAUGAUUAUUGUUUGAGGGCCUAGCCCACUGUGGGCAGUGACAUCAUCCCUAGCAAGUGAGCCUACGCUAUAUAAGAAAGUUAGAUGAAUGUGAGCCAGGGAACAAGCCAGAGAGUGAGCCAGUAAGCAUCAUUCCUCCAUGGCUUCUGCUUCAUGCUCUUGCCCUGAUUUCUCUUAAUGAUGAAUUUCAACCAAGAAAUGUAAGAUGAAAUAUGCCCUCUCUUGCCCUUUGUUGCUUUUGGUCAUGGUAUUUCAGGGCAACAACAAAUCAGAAGAGUGUCUUACUCUGUGACAGAAUUCUAUGGAUUGAGCAAUAUAAAUAGUGUUUGUAUCCCUCAGCUCUGGAGGCUAGAACUUCAAGAUCAAGACACAGGCAGUUGUGUUGUAGGUUCAAACUGCUCUCUGCAGUCAAGAUGGUGCCUUUUUGGUGCAUUCUACAGAGAAGAUUGUAUCCUAAAAGCAUAAGGCAAGCUCACUGAACGCUGACUCAAAGUAUCGUAUAAGGGCCUUGAUCCCAUAGUUCAUGAAGGAACAGCCUCAUAGCUUAAUCAGCCCUGAACACUUCAGCUCUUUAUAUGCCACGGUGACAACACACCUGACUUACAGAGAGCCCUACUCAAGCCAAAAGCACAGAGUCAAACUUGAAUUUUAGAUAAGCAGCGAUUUUUGAUAGAAAUAUGGCUCAAAUAUUGCAUAGAAUAUACUCCUAAAAUUCAAAUCUAUCUACAAGUCUGGCAUUUUGCUUUGUUAAAUCUGAUAAUCCUAUACUAUUGUUUUUUUAGAGACAAAGUUUCCCCAAGCCCUAAAACCAAACCCAAACAGCACACCCUUCAGCCAAGAGAGUCUUCUCUUUCCUCUUGCCAAGUAAAGAGAGGAGGAAUUUUGAACCAGUUUCCUUGCCAGAAGUAAUCAUGUGAACUCAGUCAGCUCACAUAUCCACAUAACACAGUCAACAAGGCAGCUGCCCUUCCAUCCAUCCCCAGCUCUCUAGCACUUCAACUCCAGGGAUGGAUUUGAUGAUGAAGUGAAACUUCUGGGCUAUCACGAGGUAUAGGGACCAGGGAAGACCUAAUGAUCAUAACACUCACUCUGAUCUGGACAAGAGAGCUGACUUAGAACUGCAAGGCAGAAGAAAUUCCCCGAGAAACAGGAGUGGAGGCACAUGGGGUGUGGGGGGAGGCACUGAUAACAAAGCUGGAACCUUCCAGGUUCCUGGGAUGGGACCUAGUCAACAGCAAGAGGCCUCCUCCCAGUCUUACUGACCACAUCUGUUCAGACAGCUGUACACUGCCUCCCCCAGGGAGUAAGAACAGCAGGCAGAAUACAAUUAACACACACAAAAAGAACAUUUUGUGAGCUUCACUGUGUCCCAGGCGUAGGAACAUUAUUUAAUGUAAUACUUCAGUUGCGUUAUCAAGGUUUCCCUGGUCACUCACAAAGGCUUAGUCACAAUGAGCUUACUCUUGAUUUUAAAGCUGAUUCUGCAAUGUACUCCACAUUGUGGAGUCAUAUGAAGUUGACACAUUCAUCAAACAUGAUUGAAUAUUGGCAGUUUCAUCUGGUAUGACCUAAUAGUUAUGUGGUUACAAUUUCUCUCAACUUGUUCCCACAUUGUUAACAUGGAAAUAAUAAUGGUGUUUUCCUCACAAUUUUGAUGGCUAUUAAAUGACAUUGUGCAUAUUUAAAACUUUAGCAUCCUGGCACAUGUUAUGUAUUAAAUAAAAAUUGGUCCUCCUC